UUAUAAGUUUAUUAAGCUGAUUGGGGUUAUUAAGUAAGUUAAUUCGAGUAAUAAUAUUAUUAUUUUGAUAAUAUGGACUCAAGUAUUUGAUUUGUUAACAUUUUCAAGAAAGAGGUAUAUUUUAUUUAAUAUAUAAAAUUCGUAUAAAGAGUACUUCAAUAAAAGUGUAUUUUGAUUAUAUUUUAUUAAUUGAUUACUAUCUUAUCUUUAUAAAAAAAAAAAAAAAAUUUAAUUAAGUAUUGAAAAAAAAUAUAUAUAUAUAUUCCUAAAUGCAAUCCUUAUUCAUACUACCAAUUACGAAAUAUUACUUAUUUCAUAAAUCGUCUAUUAUACCCUUGCAGCAUGUCUUAUAUAAAAUUGUCUUACGACGAGACGACUUUAAUAGAAUUUUAUGGGUCAAAUCUAAAAAUAAAAACCCAUUUUACCACAAUAAACCGACAUACCUUUCCCCAUUUCUUUCUUCAUCCUCGUCAUCUUUUACCUUCAAACUCUCAAUCCCUCUCUUCCCUCUUCUCUCACGUCUCACUCCCCUCAACUACAGCGGCGGCACAACCAAGCCCAGCCACGAGUUCCACCACCAAUAGCAACCACUUCUCCUCCUCCCUUUAUUGUUGGAGGCGACGUCAUCAAGGAACCAUUCUAGCUGUUAGCCGCGAAUCAAUCACGGCUCUUUGAAGCGUCUUGUUGCUGAUUACAGAUCGGAUCCGGUCGGGAAUAAUCGGGUUAGCAAUGUUGAUGAGAGUGUUAAGGAUGUCCUUUUGAGCUGAGACCGUGGAAGCUUAUAGCUUGUAUUAGGAAUUUGUUUAAUGUAUAUUAGUUCUGAUUAUGUUGAUUAUAAUGGACUCGUAGUGAGUUGUAUGGUUACUUUAUGUUUAGAUUAGAUAUUUGGUUUGAGAUUUAGCUGUGUUGGUUUCGUAAUAGAGCUGGUGAUUCCUUUGCCCAGGUUUUGGGAUAUGAUUUAAGUUUCUUGGGAAAUAAUCCCCGUGACGACCCUGUUUACCCAGUCAACGGUAAGUCGGGUUGUUACAGUUGGUAUCAGAGCCAAACCGCGACCGUGGCUAAACCUUAGGGUUAGUUCAUCUAGCGGGCAUACAAUCUUGGGAGUAAGGAAGAACGUGAUUUGAGGAUUUAGAUGUUUAAGAUAAGAGAUAGGAACAGAAAUGAACAUGAUUAUGGUAUUAUCCUAGGUGUUUGAGUUAGUCAGGUUUUUCUUAAAAAUGUAGGAUAUAAGGUGUGAGAAUUACGGGGUAAAACGGGAAAACGCUCUUAACGAUUGAUCGUAACGACAAGAAGAUUCGUUUUAACGACGCAGCGUUAGAAUUUGUUUUCUGAUGAUGCCAAUGUUUUGUUGCUUAUCAUAGUUCCUUGUCGAUUAUCGUUUUAGUAGCUAGAAUAGUAUGUCUUAAGGUUGCGAAUCGUGUCACCUUGUUGCUAGCCCUUUUCUAUCAGCUUUUAUUUUUUUGAUCCAUGAUUGUGAUUAUAGGUUGGUGCAUAAAAGCAAGGUCAUCGGGUUGUGAAGUAUGUAUCGUUAGUGUUUUGUUGUAAGUGAGUUGAACUUUGGAAACGAUUGUGACAUAGUAGGAGAAUUAGUAAAGACAAAGUACUGCACAUCAUUGAUGGAAAGGCUUAAGUUAAGAGCAAUUGAUAUUGAUUUUUAAGCCUAGUGAUUGAGUUGCAUAUAGUGUUCAUAUUCUGAUGUAAGCGAUGAACUUUUAGUGUUAUUGGAUCUUGUCAUACGUUGUAAUCUAUUUGAAUAAUGGAGCCUAUAGAUUUAGUAGAGUUAUUAGAAAUUGUGUGAUUAUCAUUAAGAAUGUACCAAGUUUCUUUUGUUGGUUAGAAGUGCAAAUAUAACUUAAGGAUGGAAGGUCGCUGGUAAACUUGAGGUUUUGUUAAGUAUAAGAAGGUUGUAUCAACAUCAAGAAUAGAAGUAGGUUUUUAACAAAAGUUGUUAUAAAGGAUCUUAAGUCAUAGACUUAAGUUAUCAAAAUAGUAUGGUUUAUAUGUUGUAAAGAUGGCAUUUAAAGUUUCAGAUGUUGGGUUAUAAAGAUUAUAGGCUAUUUGAUUGAGAUAGUAGUUGGUAAAAUUGUGAACACCUCAUACAUGAUCUUAGUAGGUAUAUGUGAAAAUAGUCAAUAUUAGAAUUGUUACUAUUGAAGUGUUGUGCGUAGCAGUUAUAAUAAGAAUUUAUGUUUGAGUUAAAGCUUGUAAGGAUUAUAGUCUAGAGAUUUGGAUGAAGAAUGCAAAUAAAUGUUUAAUUGAGGUUAUAAUAAACUAUACUUUGGUUUCAGUAUGGGUCAAGUUACUUAUGAAUUCAUUAGGCUUUGAUUGGCAAGUGGUGCAUGAUAUCAACCUAUGUGAGGUAGUUUAUCGUCUUGCGUUACCAGCAUCUUUUGACCGAGUACAUGACGUGUUUCGCGUAUCCCAGCUAAGACAAUACAUCAGAGAUGACUCACACGUUCUUCGGCCGAACAGUUGACCCUGGAUGAUACCUUGCAGUACGAGGAGACCCCCGUUCAGAUUCUAGAUAAGAAGACGCGUGAUACUCGUCGAGGUAGUGUAGCACUUGUGAAGGUGCUAUGGUCUUAUCACGUUACCGAAGAAGCCACGUGGGAGGCAGUAGAUGCCAUGAGACGCGAUUAUCCCUGGUUGUUUGCUUAGGCAUUUCUAUGUUUAUCGCUAUAUAGCUAUUGCAUCUCCUUAGUAUAUGUGAGUUAAGUUUGAGGACGAACUUCAUUCUAAGUUGGGUAGAAUCAUAAGAUUUCGGAAUAAUACUAAGUUUUAUCUAUGCUAGGCCUUAAAGUUUGGUGGGUUCACAUAGUUAGUACGAGUGAUAUAGAUUCUUUCAGUGCAUAGAGUAUGAGUAAUUGGGUAACAUAGCCUUAUGAUAUGUAUGAUAGCCGGAUAUUGAGUAUGUGCUUGAGACUUGGUUUAACCUCGAGGACGAAGUUCAUUUCAAGUUGGGUAGAAUGUAACAUUCGGGAAAAUUAAUAUUUUAAGACGAGUAAGUUUAAGAGAAUUAUGAGUAUGAGAAUGAUCCUAAAUACACAUGAUAUAAAAAAAAUAAAAAAAUAAAUAAAAAGAAAAAAGAAAAAAAAAAAGUUGUUUUUAAAAGAUCUCAAAAUUUCAACUUGAAAUAUAUAUAUACUCGAGUCAAGUAUUUUUGAAAUUGUUUUCCAAAAGAUAUUAUAUAUACUCGGAUAACUGGCAAAAGGAGUUGAGGACCAAACUUAUCGAGAAUUGCGAUGAUGUUGUGCAAGAAUGAUUCGAUGCAAAGAGUUUAAAAGAAACAUUUUGGAAUAUUGAAAGUUAUGCGUUAAUUGUGUGUUAAGAUUGAAAAUCUAUAAAGGAAUGAAAAAAAAAAAAAAAAGUAUUUGUGACAUGUUCAAUUAUGGGGUGAGAAAUUUUAAUUAAGGAAAGUAAUUCGAAAGGAAACAAAGGUUAAUGCAAUUAAUAGUAAUUUAAAGUUAUGUUGUAGUAAGUUUGAUUGAAUGGCCUAUACGUGUUGAGGAUAAUGUAAAAUUAUGAUUGAGAAAGCUUUCAAUGUUUUUUAAUGAAUGAAUGAUAACUUUGGGACUCUACAAAGGUUUUAUUGAUGGUAAAACGUGAGUAUAAUAGAAUAAUGGUUUAGAAAAAAAAAAAAAAAAAAAAACAACAAAUUUGAACGUCUAAAGGUUAUUGAAGUUAUUUCGGAUGAAUUUGUUAUGGAAUUUGAAGUUUUAAGCGUUAAAUGAAGAGUAGGGUUAUAAAUGUUAUAAUUCGAAAUAAGUUGACGAUGAUCGAGUUUUGAGUUAUUAAAAGUCGAUAGAAAAAUGAUUGUGGAUAUCUUUAAUGAAUAUGAGAUUCAAUAAAUGACUUAAGGUAUUCAUCUCAAAGUAUCUCGAGAGUUAUAAGAGUUUUUAAUUAAAAAUUUAAUUGUAAUUGGGAAACAAGAAGUAAGUUGAUGAUUUAAUAUCUCAAACUAAGGAUAUAAAAAGGUUGAAAUGACCAAAUAUGUAAUUAAAGGUAUAAAAAGAUUUUGAAGUGAGGUGGUUGAUUUAAAGUACAUGUGAACGUUCACGUAAAGUAAAUCGAGGUUGAAGUUUCAAAUUUAAAGGUUUGAAGUAAUUCAAUUGAGGUUAGUUGUGUUACCAAUAUGUAAUUCAUCUUAUAUGAUUGAAAACUUAUAGAUAUAGUAUGUCCAUAAUCAAAGUUGGGGAGUAACUAAAGUUUAUUUGGUUCUCAUUUCUCGAAAAUUUGAGUUAUAUGUUAUGACUAAGAAUGAUCAGAAGUGUAUGUAUAAUUUCGGGGACGAAAUUAUUUUAAGUUGGGGAGAAUGAAAUAGACUACAUUUAAUAAAGCUUGAUUAUAAGUUUAUUAAGCUGAUUGGGGUUAUUAAGUAAGUUAAUUCGAGUAAUAAUAUUAUUAUUUUGAUAAUAUGGACUCAAGUAUUUGAUUUGUUAACAUUUUCAAGAAAGAGGUAUAUUUUAUUUAAUAUAUAAAAUUCGUAUAAAGAGUACUUCAAUAAAAGUGUAUUUUGAUUAUAUUUUAUUAAUUGAUUACUAUCUUAUCUUUAUAAAAAAAAAAAAAAAAUUUAAUUAAGUAUUGAAAAAAAAUAUAUAUAUAUAUUCCUAAAUGCAAUCCUUAUUCAUACUACCAAUUACGAAAUAUUACUUAUUUCAUAAAUCGUCUAUUAUACCCUUGCAGCAUGUCUUAUAUAAAAUUGUCUUACGACGAGACGACUUUAAUAGAAUUUUAUGGGUCAAAUCUAAAAAUAAAAACCCAUUUUACCACAAUAAACCGACAUACCUUUCCCCAUUUCUUUCUUCAUCCUCGUCAUCUUUUACCUUCAAACUCUCAAUCCCUCUCUUCCCUCUUCUCUCACGUCUCACUCCCCUCAACUACAGCGGCGGCACAACCAAGCCCAGCCACGAGUUCCACCACCAAUAGCAACCACUUCUCCUCCUCCCUUUAUUGUUGGAGGCGACGUCAUCAAGGAACCAUUCUAGCUGUUAGCCGCGAAUCAAUCACGGCUCUUUGAAGCGUCUUGUUGGUGAGUAGUAACAGUCCCUUAAAAAGGGGUCUGGCCAGGCUACCAUUUGUAAAAUGUUUAUUUAAAGUUUGUGAAAUUUAUAUGAAUGUGUUAAAUGUUUAUGAAUGAUUAUGCUGAUAUUGAUAUGGUCAAUGGAUCGGGCUUGCGGGCUGGUCAUUGACGGAGUUGAGGAACAUGGUUCCCUACUCCCUGUUUUGAAGCGAAUUGUCAUUGAGAUAUUGACUAGCUUCACCCGAGAGAGACAUAGCCUUAGAGCUAUGGAUGUUCCUCUCAACUAGACUCCCUGUGCGCACAUAGAUCUAGGAAACUGAUGUUGCUUUUAAACCAUCGUUUUGAAUUGUUGUGUUUAAUUGUUUUGGAUUGUUGCUUCUCACUCAGUUUAAUCUGAUUCCUUGUUGUUUCCAUCUUUUAGCUGAUUACAGAUCGGAUCCGGUCGGGAAUAAUCGGGUUAGCAAUGUUGAUGAGAGUGUUAAGGAUGUCCUUUUGAGCUGAGACCGUGGAAGCUUAUAGCUUGUAUUAGGAAUUUGUUUAAUGUAUAUUAGUUCUGAUUAUGUUGAUUAUAAUGGACUCGUAGUGAGUUGUAUGGUUACUUUAUGUUUAGAUUAGAUAUUUGGUUUGAGAUUUAGCUGUGUUGGUUUCGUAAUAGAGCUGGUGAUUCCUUUGCCCAGGUUUUGGGAUAUGAUUUAAGUUUCUUGGGAAAUAAUCCCCGUGACGACCCUGUUUACCCAGUCAACGGUAAGUCGGGUUGUUACAGUUGGUAUCAGAGCCAAACCGCGACCGUGGCUAAACCUUAGGGUUAGUUCAUCUAGCGGGCAUACAAUCUUGGGAGUAAGGAAGAACGUGAUUUGAGGAUUUAGAUGUUUAAGAUAAGAGAUAGGAACAGAAAUGAACAUGAUUAUGGUAUUAUCCUAGGUGUUUGAGUUAGUCAGGUUUUUCUUAAAAAUGUAGGAUAUAAGGUGUGAGAAUUACGGGGUAAAACGGGAAAACGCUCUUAACGAUUGAUCGUAACGACAAGAAGAUUCGUUUUAACGACGCAGCGUUAGAAUUUGUUUUCUGAUGAUGCCAAUGUUUUGUUGCUUAUCAUAGUUCCUUGUCGAUUAUCGUUUUAGUAGCUAGAAUAGUAUGUCUUAAGGUUGCGAAUCGUGUCACCUUGUUGCUAGCCCUUUUCUAUCAGCUUUUAUUUUUUUGAUCCAUGAUUGUGAUUAUAGGUUGGUGCAUAAAAGCAAGGUCAUCGGGUUGUGAAGUAUGUAUCGUUAGUGUUUUGUUGUAAGUGAGUUGAACUUUGGAAACGAUUGUGACAUAGUAGGAGAAUUAGUAAAGACAAAGUACUGCACAUCAUUGAUGGAAAGGCUUAAGUUAAGAGCAAUUGAUAUUGAUUUUUAAGCCUAGUGAUUGAGUUGCAUAUAGUGUUCAUAUUCUGAUGUAAGCGAUGAACUUUUAGUGUUAUUGGAUCUUGUCAUACGUUGUAAUCUAUUUGAAUAAUGGAGCCUAUAGAUUUAGUAGAGUUAUUAGAAAUUGUGUGAUUAUCAUUAAGAAUGUACCAAGUUUCUUUUGUUGGUUAGAAGUGCAAAUAUAACUUAAGGAUGGAAGGUCGCUGGUAAACUUGAGGUUUUGUUAAGUAUAAGAAGGUUGUAUCAACAUCAAGAAUAGAAGUAGGUUUUUAACAAAAGUUGUUAUAAAGGAUCUUAAGUCAUAGACUUAAGUUAUCAAAAUAGUAUGGUUUAUAUGUUGUAAAGAUGGCAUUUAAAGUUUCAGAUGUUGGGUUAUAAAGAUUAUAGGCUAUUUGAUUGAGAUAGUAGUUGGUAAAAUUGUGAACACCUCAUACAUGAUCUUAGUAGGUAUAUGUGAAAAUAGUCAAUAUUAGAAUUGUUACUAUUGAAGUGUUGUGCGUAGCAGUUAUAAUAAGAAUUUAUGUUUGAGUUAAAGCUUGUAAGGAUUAUAGUCUAGAGAUUUGGAUGAAGAAUGCAAAUAAAUGUUUAAUUGAGGUUAUAAUAAACUAUACUUUGGUUUCAGUAUGGGUCAAGUUACUUAUGAAUUCAUUAGGCUUUGAUUGGCAAGUGGUGCAUGAUAUCAACCUAUGUGAGGUAGUUUAUCGUCUUGCGUUACCAGCAUCUUUUGACCGAGUACAUGACGUGUUUCGCGUAUCCCAGCUAAGACAAUACAUCAGAGAUGACUCACACGUUCUUCGGCCGAACAGUUGACCCUGGAUGAUACCUUGCAGUACGAGGAGACCCCCGUUCAGAUUCUAGAUAAGAAGACGCGUGAUACUCGUCGAGGUAGUGUAGCACUUGUGAAGGUGCUAUGGUCUUAUCACGUUACCGAAGAAGCCACGUGGGAGGCAGUAGAUGCCAUGAGACGCGAUUAUCCCUGGUUGUUUGCUUAGGCAUUUCUAUGUUUAUCGCUAUAUAGCUAUUGCAUCUCCUUAGUAUAUGUGAGUUAAGUUUGAGGACGAACUUCAUUCUAAGUUGGGUAGAAUCAUAAGAUUUCGGAAUAAUACUAAGUUUUAUCUAUGCUAGGCCUUAAAGUUUGGUGGGUUCACAUAGUUAGUACGAGUGAUAUAGAUUCUUUCAGUGCAUAGAGUAUGAGUAAUUGGGUAACAUAGCCUUAUGAUAUGUAUGAUAGCCGGAUAUUGAGUAUGUGCUUGAGACUUGGUUUAACCUCGAGGACGAAGUUCAUUUCAAGUUGGGUAGAAUGUAACAUUCGGGAAAAUUAAUAUUUUAAGACGAGUAAGUUUAAGAGAAUUAUGAGUAUGAGAAUGAUCCUAAAUACACAUGAUAUAAAAAAAAUAAAAAAAUAAAUAAAAAGAAAAAAGAAAAAAAAAAAGUUGUUUUUAAAAGAUCUCAAAAUUUCAACUUGAAAUAUAUAUAUACUCGAGUCAAGUAUUUUUGAAAUUGUUUUCCAAAAGAUAUUAUAUAUACUCGGAUAACUGGCAAAAGGAGUUGAGGACCAAACUUAUCGAGAAUUGCGAUGAUGUUGUGCAAGAAUGAUUCGAUGCAAAGAGUUUAAAAGAAACAUUUUGGAAUAUUGAAAGUUAUGCGUUAAUUGUGUGUUAAGAUUGAAAAUCUAUAAAGGAAUGAAAAAAAAAAAAAAAAGUAUUUGUGACAUGUUCAAUUAUGGGGUGAGAAAUUUUAAUUAAGGAAAGUAAUUCGAAAGGAAACAAAGGUUAAUGCAAUUAAUAGUAAUUUAAAGUUAUGUUGUAGUAAGUUUGAUUGAAUGGCCUAUACGUGUUGAGGAUAAUGUAAAAUUAUGAUUGAGAAAGCUUUCAAUGUUUUUUAAUGAAUGAAUGAUAACUUUGGGACUCUACAAAGGUUUUAUUGAUGGUAAAACGUGAGUAUAAUAGAAUAAUGGUUUAGAAAAAAAAAAAAAAAAAAAAACAACAAAUUUGAACGUCUAAAGGUUAUUGAAGUUAUUUCGGAUGAAUUUGUUAUGGAAUUUGAAGUUUUAAGCGUUAAAUGAAGAGUAGGGUUAUAAAUGUUAUAAUUCGAAAUAAGUUGACGAUGAUCGAGUUUUGAGUUAUUAAAAGUCGAUAGAAAAAUGAUUGUGGAUAUCUUUAAUGAAUAUGAGAUUCAAUAAAUGACUUAAGGUAUUCAUCUCAAAGUAUCUCGAGAGUUAUAAGAGUUUUUAAUUAAAAAUUUAAUUGUAAUUGGGAAACAAGAAGUAAGUUGAUGAUUUAAUAUCUCAAACUAAGGAUAUAAAAAGGUUGAAAUGACCAAAUAUGUAAUUAAAGGUAUAAAAAGAUUUUGAAGUGAGGUGGUUGAUUUAAAGUACAUGUGAACGUUCACGUAAAGUAAAUCGAGGUUGAAGUUUCAAAUUUAAAGGUUUGAAGUAAUUCAAUUGAGGUUAGUUGUGUUACCAAUAUGUAAUUCAUCUUAUAUGAUUGAAAACUUAUAGAUAUAGUAUGUCCAUAAUCAAAGUUGGGGAGUAACUAAAGUUUAUUUGGUUCUCAUUUCUCGAAAAUUUGAGUUAUAUGUUAUGACUAAGAAUGAUCAGAAGUGUAUGUAUAAUUUCGGGGACGAAAUUAUUUUAAGUUGGGGAGAAUGAAAUAGACUACAUUUAAUAAAGCUUGAUUAUAAGUUUAUUAAGCUGAUUGGGGUUAUUAAGUAAGUUAAUUCGAGUAAUAAUAUUAUUAUUUUGAUAAUAUGGACUCAAGUAUUUGAUUUGUUAACAUUUUCAAGAAAGAGGUAUAUUUUAUUUAAUAUAUAAAAUUCGUAUAAAGAGUACUUCAAUAAAAGUGUAUUUUGAUUAUAUUUUAUUAAUUGAUUACUAUCUUAUCUUUAUAAAAAAAAAAAAAAAAUUUAAUUAAGUAUUGAAAAAAAAUAUAUAUAUAUAUUCCUAAAUGCAAUCCUUAUUCAUACUACCAAUUACGAAAUAUUACUUAUUUCAUAAAUCGUCUAUUAUACCCUUGCAGCAUGUCUUAUAUAAAAUUGUCUUACGACGAGACGACUUUAAUAGAAUUUUAUGGGUCAAAUCUAAAAAUAAAAACCCAUUUUACCACAAUAAACCGACAUACCUUUCCCCAUUUCUUUCUUCAUCCUCGUCAUCUUUUACCUUCAAACUCUCAAUCCCUCUCUUCCCUCUUCUCUCACGUCUCACUCCCCUCAACUACAGCGGCGGCACAACCAAGCCCAGCCACGAGUUCCACCACCAAUAGCAACCACUUCUCCUCCUCCCUUUAUUGUUGGAGGCGACGUCAUCAAGGAACCAUUCUAGCUGUUAGCCGCGAAUCAAUCACGGCUCUUUGAAGCGUCUUGUUGCUGAUUACAGAUCGGAUCCGGUCGGGAAUAAUCGGGUUAGCAAUGUUGAUGAGAGUGUUAAGGAUGUCCUUUUGAGCCGAGACCGUGGAAGCUUAUAGCUUGUAUUAGGAAUUUGUUUAAUGUAUAUUAGUUCUGAUUAUGUUGAUUAUAAUGGACUCGUAGUGAGUUGUAUGGUUACUUUAUAUUUAGAUUAGAUAUUUGGUUUGAGAUUUAGCUGUGUUGGUUUCGUAAUAGAGCUGGUGAUUCCUUUGCCCAGGUUGUGGGAUAUGAUUUAAGUUUCUUGGGAAAUAAUCCCCGUGACGACCCUGUUUACCCAGUCAACGGUAAGUCGGGUUGUUACAUAUAUUCGAUUAUCUAACAAUAAAAAUCAUGGUUUGAUUAAGAUACGGAUGAAAUGGAAUCUGAACACUCGAUUUAUGUCAGAAUGGAUGCCAAAUAUCCGAUUUUUAAAAAAUAAUGUUUUUAUUUUGGGCUUUUGUACGCACAUACAUCAAAUCCACUUCUCUUUAUUUAAUUAAAUUUUUUUAUAGUUUGGAAAGAUAUUUUGAAAAUAUGAUUGAGGGUUCAUAUGCCUAAAUUAAUUUAUAAUUGAUAAAUUAUGCAUCUUAAAUGUACUUGACGAUUGCAUUGUAGAUAUUAGUAUGUUCAAAAACAUCAGUAGACUUUUUCUAUUAAAAAUAAAAUUGGGAAAUCCGAUAACUAAAUAGUCCGUUUUACUACUAUGACGAUCCGAAUCCGAUAUCCAAUUUAAAAAUCGAAUAUUCAAUUUAAAAUUUAGAUAAAUUAUCUGAUUUUUAAGCGAAAAAGGGAUAUUUUAAAUCGAAUUGAGCUAAUCCAGGCCUCUGCCGCCAUACUCCAUAAACUUUAUUAAACUAUAAGAGGUUAAAAAAAACCUUCCAAAAUCCCGCCUAAGUUCCAUUUUUCGGGCAAUUCCUGCUUCCUUUCUUACUUUUCACUUCAGAAAAUUUGCAGAAUUUCUGACUAAUAUCGCAAUGGAGACUGAUGAAUCGGAGCGAGUCAUUCCUUUUCAGCUUCAAUUCGACAAACCUGCUCCUUCUCAGAUAAAAUUGGGGGAGUGGAAUCCUGAAAAGGAUUUAUUGGCAAUGGUGACGGAGGACUCAAAAAUUAUAUUGCAUCGGUUUAAUUGGCAGCGAUUGUGGACAACUUCACCCGGAAAGUGUAUAUCAUCGUUAUGUUGGCGGCCUGAUGGUAAAGUCAUAGCAGUUGGACUUGAAGAUGGAACCAUAUCGUUGCAUGAUGUUGAAAAUGGGAAAUUAUUAAGAAGCAUGAAGUCUCAUAGUGCUGCUGUAGUUUGUCUUAACUGGGAAGAAGAUCAUGGACAUGGACAGGACAAUGGAGAAAAUGCCGGGUCCUAUGAAGACCGUACAUUGCGUUUCUUUCCUCCUGCCCCAAGAGUACCACGGAUGUCUGGAGUAGUGUCUGGAGAUUCCACUCUUAUGGAUAACAUUGAAGACUCAUUUCAGGAUCUGCUAAACACUUCACAUCAACGUUUUAACAUUCUGUGCAGUGCAGAUAAGGAUGGAGGCAUUUGCUUUAGCAUAUUUGGUAUAUUUCCCAUUGGGAAAAUUAACAUACACAGUUUGUCUCUUCCACUCAACGGUGAUCAAGUAACAUAUAAGAUCCUGCAUGCUACCAUUUAUAAGGUUGCUUUGUCAAAGGAUUUUUGUCGUUUGAUCAUCAAAUGCUGUGGAGAAUUAUUUAGCAGCAGUAUUGAGUUCAAUCAUGGGCAGUUUGCUGAACGACAAACCCGGGGUAUGCAUUGCCUGGUGUUGGACACCUCUCUUUUCCGCAAGAGGAAACAAGAGCUUCAUCAAGUUGCUCAACAAGCCUCCAACAUUGAAGAUUUAACUGAGGUCAUUCGUGCAUCGCUUUCUAUCAUGUAUAAGCAAUGGUGUGAUGCCAUGCAGAUAUUCCAUGACAAAUUCCAUUCUUUAUCUACACUAAUUGUUAACAAUGGACUGGACUCAUCACCUCAAGAGGAGUUUCUGAGCCUUCUAGGAGGUGCUCGAACUAGUCCACCUGUUCAUCAAUUUCUUGUCAAUUCUCUUGGCGAAUCGGGACUCAAGCGUGUGAUAAAGGCUGUAUCUACUGCAGCAAAGGAACUUCAGGUUGUUCUCCUUGAUCAUAUCCAGCCAGCAGCUGAAAUUAUUGGAUUUAGAAUGGGAGAACUAAGAGGUUUUUCAAGGUGGCCGGCGCGCUAUGGAGGCAUUGGCUUGGAUGAGAAACUUAUACACGAUGCAACCGAGAAAGUAGGAAUGUUGCUUGUACAAGUUGUACGUUUUGUGCAGAUUCUUUCAUCUGUUACACCGCAGUUCUCAAAUUUCUUCAGUUGGCUAUUAAGGUGUAUAAAGAUACUAAUGUCAGAUUCAAGUGAUCAACUUCCACCUUACAAUAGUGAACUCGUAAUCAUGUUUCUGAAGUUCCUCUACGAUCGUGAUCCCGUAAAGCUGCUUCUGGACCAAUCUAUGAUUGAUCAUCAUGUACAUCUUAAUGAGGAUACAAUACAGCAAGUUGAAGAACUUGUUAAACUAGGGGGCUUUGCGGAUACCAAAUGUCUACACAGAACCUUAGCAAAAGAAUUUCAAUGUAUGGAAGCCAGUUUCAAAGAGGCCUUCGAUAUGCCCUCCACUACCGUUUCAAAGGAGAUAAUCUGCAAGCAGAUGUUGCCUCUCUAUUCCUUCCAAUCUUCUCCACCAUCCACCCCUAUCUAUGUGCCCACAUCAAUAUCGUUUUUCCGGGAUGUUGAGCCUGAUGUUUCAACAUGUGGGACCAAUCAAGAAAAGCUUGUGGAUUACAUCAGUUUCCAUAUACCUGAGUGGACCUCGGCACAUGCUUCAAAUUGUGUAUGCAUAUUGCGAGGAGUGAUAGAUGAAUCAGACUGUACUAGGAACAGAUAUACUGCAGUUGAAGCCUUGUUGCUGUCUGUGUCAAAGGAUCUCAGUUGUGUUGAUUUAUCUCUGUAUAAAGAACGCCAGAUUGUUUUGUUGUUCAAUGGAACAACAGCCGCAUCUGAUAGCAGCAAAAACGCUCUUCUCAUGAUGAUUCAAACAAGUGACCUUCCAUUUGUACCUUUAUCUGGAUCAAUCAAUCUGAACUUGUGGAAUUUGGAUCAGUUGCAGGACUGCAUAUUGCCUUUGCAAACGGAGAGUGCAAAGGUUCGAAGUAUACCUCACAAUGUGAUUCCUCCACUUGCAGUAAGCUCAUCCAGAGGCGUGGGUUGUGUUUUUGCCGCUAGAAAGCGAGCCUUAGUUUACAUUCUUGAGGAAGAUGAAGAAGAAGAAGAAGAAGAAGAAGAAGAAGCUUCGGAUAUGGAUUGAGAAUCCAGUGGCUCAACCUAAUGCUCAUAGUUGGAAGACAAUUCCAUAACAUGCAACCUUAGAGCUUGAAGACUGAUAGUCCAAGUUUUUCUGCUUAGAAGCUGCCCGAAAUUAGAUGUCAUCCCAGUUUUUCACCGAUAGUAUCAUCAUAAUUUAUUCGAUAUUGGUAAAAUAAAAGAAUAUGCAAUGGAUAGAGUAACAUACAUUCAAAUGUCUUCCACUCUCAGCUCGUGGUGUUUGAUGUUUGAUGAGACCCUUGUUUUAAUGUAUGCUUAAUGUGUAGAAUUGUAGAUGUUUCAUGAUUCUUUAAACAGGCCGUAGUAGUUGAAUACAGUUGAUACCUGUAAAAUUUUAUGCCUCCAGUCUCUUCUUGUUUCUUGCUUGUAGCACUACUGAAGGUAUAUUAAAAUUGUAAUAUUUAUCCUGUUAAAAUUGUAACAGUAAUACUGAAGGUAUAAAAUUCUGCUUGCACAUUUAAAUUAGCCCAUGCCUAGAUAUUGUUAAAAUUUUAAAAUCUACAUUUCACUUAGAAUACAAGCGUUCUAAAUAAACUUGACACACCAUCGAAUAUGAUUUAACUCAAGUUUAAAAAUGUAUUUAUAUUUUUGUAAAAACUAAUAUAUACACGA